AUGGCUAAUUUUAUCAACUCUCUUCAUCGACUACUACCCAAACAUCAGUCAUGUCGUUCUUUCUCAUCUAUCCCAUCACUAGGAAACUCUAAGAAACCAAAUAGUUAUAAUUACAAUCCCGACCCUUUCGCAGCCGAACCUCUGCCAACUGGACUUCAGAACUUUCCACGGAAAACAGCUGCAUGUCUUGCUAACUCAAGCUCUCGUCGUCCUCCACGUCGAGUGAAAUUACUUUCACGUGAAUUUAUUGAAGACUCACUCUGUAAUCCACAUUAUGGUUAUUUUGCUACUCAAGUCGAAAUUCUUGAUAGUCCAGAAGGUGGAAUUCCAUUUGGAAAAUUAUCAAACUUACGAGCACUUGAAGAAGAGAUCGCUAAUCGAUAUGGACCUCGUCAAAGUUGGCAUACCCCUACCGAACUCUUCAAGCCAUGGUACGCUAAUGCAGUUGCACGCUGCCUUCUUUCUCGUCAUCAACCGAAUCAACCCCUUCGUAUUUACGAAAUCGGAGCGGGGAACGGUACAUUAUGCGAGGGAGUGUUGAAUUAUAUCCGAGAUCAUGCACCCACGCUUUAUAGUCAGACUACCUAUACCAUUGUCGAGGUUUCAGCACGAUUGGCUGGAAUUCAAGCAGCUAGGGCUUCGAGAGCGGGACAUAAACUUGAGAUCAUCCCUCAUAAUGUUUUUUCCCUUCCACAAGAACAGGGAACUUCAACCAGCCCGAUUGAAUCUGAACCAUGCUGGGUGAUUGCUAUGGAACUUGUUGAUAAUCUUGCAAGAGAUGUGGUUCGAUAUGAUCGAACGACAGGAGAGGUAUUGGUGGCAAGUGUAGGAACAGAUGAGAAUGGGGAAUUUCAUGAAUUCUUUGAACCGAUCUGUGAUCAAGUCAAUCCAAGUUUAUCUCGAUACUUACAACAUCAUCAAUUAAGAUCAAAAUUAACGUUAUACGAUCGGAUCAUGACUCACCUGCCUUUUGCUGCUAAUCUGAGUCAAGCCGAAUUUGUUCCUACUCGUACUUUUGAACUAUUAGAGAUCAUUCGAGAUUGGUUUCCAAAUCAUAAGUUACUUCUUAGCGAUUUUGAUCAUUUACCACAAUCUAUCAAGGGUAUCGGAGCACCUGUUGUUCAAACUCGAUAUGAAGGCAUGACCGUUCCUUGUACAACCUAUCUAGUCCAACCUGGUCGAUUUGAUAUCUUCUUCCCAACCGAUUUUGACGACUUCAGAAAGCUAUAUCAUCGAAUCAAUCCUUCCAGACCAAAACUGCAGGAUUUUUCACAUGCUGAAUUUGUGAGUGAAUAUCAUGGAGGUGAUUUCGAGAAGACUUGCCUAAGUGAUGGAUCGAACCCAAUGGUAGAGUAUUAUGAAAAUGUCAAAGUCGUCGUAUCUGAAUAGUUUAUAGGUCUAGGGGAAGUAAUUUUUAUGUCCUAGUUUUGAUAAAGAUCAAUUGAAAAGAUCUCCUAGAAAUACUUGUAGCUACAUAAUUAGUUUUCUUUUGCUUUGUCUCGCACGUAUGCACGGGAAAAUAGACAAACUUUUAGCAAAAAUAGACCUG